AUGUUUAGAGGACAUACUAUAUCAGUGUUUAAUAAUACUGUUAACGAAUUUCUAGCCAUACCUUAUGCUAAGCCACCAGUGGGUGAACUCAGGUUUGACAAACCGAAACCUAUUGAUAAGCCAUUAAAAACAUUAAUUAAUGCAACGAUUCAGGGUUAUGCAUGUAUACAGCCUAAAGAUUUUAGUUUUAAUACCCAUAACGUUAGUGAGGACUGUUUAGUUUUGAACAUAUGGGCACCGGUAGUAUCAAGUGGUGGACAAUUUAGCACUAAUACUAAAAAUCUUAAACCAGUAAUGGUUCUAAUGUUACCAAUUUAUAACGGAUCAAUUUUGGCCACACAUGAUGUGAUUAUAGUAACAGUUAAUUCUAGGGUCGAUGUGUUUGGUUUUCUCUAUACUAACGAUCCAUCGGCACCGGGAAAUGUUGGCAUUUAUGAUCAACAAUUGGCACUGAAAUGGGUUAAACAAAAUAUACAUAACUUUGGUGGUAAUAAUAAUCAGAUAACAAUAUUUGGUGAAAGUUCUGGAAGUUGGUCGGUAUCACUGCACAUACUGUCCCCACUGUCAAAGGGUCUCUUUCAUAGGGCUAUACUUCAAAGUGGAGCCCAUCUGUUUAGUAAAAAGAGACCAAUGGUUAACAAAAACGAUGCGUUAAGAGAUACUCUAAAAUUGGCUAAACAUUUCAAUUGUGGUAAUGAUAGCAAAAAAUGGUUAAAAUGUUUGCGACAAUUGGAUGCAAAUGUUUUAUUUAAUUUUAGAAACUAUUCAACAAAAAAUCUGUUUCAUUGGAAUGCUAUCUAUGAUACUCAUAUUUUUCCACAUACAGCUCAGGUAGCUUUUAGAAAACGACAGCUUAAUAAAGACAUUCAAUUGCUCGCCGGUUAUACAACACUGGAAGGUUCAAGUUUGGCGUAUCCUUUGUAUCCUAUAUUACAUACGGAUAACGUUACUAAAGAUGCAUUCUUCCAGUAUUUCGGUGACGUUGGCAUCACUUGUCCCACAUAUCUGUUCGCCAAAAUGUUUGCCAAAAUAGCACCAAAACAUAGCAAUGUCUAUCUCUAUCAAUGGAGUUAUGGUCAACCUGACGGUGCUUUAGGACAAAUGAUAGGUGUAAGCCAUGGUUAUGACGUUCCCUAUGUGUUUGGUUUACCACUGGUUAGCAAUUAUUUUGUAUUCAAAACUUUCACUGAAGAAGACAAGAAAUUUAGUUUAUAUGUUAUGAAAGUUUGGACUGAUUUUGCAAAAUAUGGGUAA